AUGGUCAAGGAGACAAAAUACUAUGACAUUCUCGGGGUCGACCCUUCGGCCACAGAGGCCCAACUGAAAUCGGCCUACAAAAAGGGUGCCUUGAAACAUCAUCCAGACAAGAAUGCCCACAACCCAGACGCGGCCGAAAAGUUCAAAGACCUCUCCAAAGCAUACGAAGUCCUGUCUGACCCUCAGAAACGGAGCCUCUAUGACCAAUAUGGUGAAGAAGGUCUAGAACAAGGCGGAAUGGGCGGUGGUGGCAUGGCCGCCGAAGAUCUCUUUGCACAAUUCUUUGGUGGCGGGUCAGCCUUUGGAGGCAUGUUUGGAGGUGGCAUGCGCGAAACCGGGCCAAAGAAAGCACGAACUAUCCACCAUGUCCACAAAGUUUCCCUUGAGGAUAUCUACCGAGGAAAAGUCUCGAAACUGGCUUUGCAAAAGUCUGUCAUCUGCCCGCAGUGUGAGGGCCGUGGAGGUAAAGAAGGCGCGGUAAAGACCUGUGCUGGUUGUAACGGCCAGGGCAUGAAGACCAUGAUGCGUCAAAUGGGCCCCAUGAUUCAGCGUUUCCAGACCAUCUGCCCUGAUUGCCAGGGAGAGGGAGAAACCAUUCGCGACCGUGACCGGUGUAAACGAUGCAUGGGCAAGAAGACAGUUGUGGAACGGAAGGUCCUUCACGUGCAUGUCGACCGUGGCGUCAAGAGCGGCCACAAGAUCGAGUUCCGUGGCGAGGGUGACCAGAUGCCUGGCGUUCUUGCAGGAGACGUCGUCUUUGAGAUCGAACAGAAACCCCAUCCACGAUUCCAGAGGAAGGACGACGAUCUUUUCUACCACGCCGAAGUUGAUUUGUUGACUGCUUUGGGCGGUGGCCAAAUCUACAUUGAGCAUCUCGACGAUCGGUGGUUGACAGUCAACAUCUAUCCUGGCGAGCCUAUCACACCUGGAGCAAUCAAGGUGAUCAAGGGCCAAGGCAUGCCGUCAAUGAGGCACCACGACUUUGGAAACCUGUACAUUCAAUUCGACGUCAAAUUCCCAGACAAGACACAGCUCCAGAAUCUCGAGCUUCUAGAACAAGUCCUCCCGCCCCGCAUGCAACAAAAGCUGCCACCUCCAGAUGGCAUGGUGGAAGAUUUCGACCUCGAAGAAGUCGAUCCCCGUCAACAAGCACGUGCCCACGGUGCCGCUGGCAUGGACGAUGAGGACGAGGACGGCAUCCCACCUGGAGCCGAGAGAGUGCAGUGCGCUUCCCAGUGA